AUGGAUGAACCAUUAUUUUAUAUCGACCUAAAUCAGCUUCCUAAUGAUGGAGGAAGGGUGAUCAAAUUUGAACAAAAUGCAUCAGAGUUGAAUGAGUACCCAAAAGAAAUUGAUCCUUUCAUUGGUCAAUGUUUUCUUAGUGAAGAAAAAGCUUUCGAAUAUGCCAACGAAUCACAAAAGAAGAAAAAGAAGAUAUCCUCAAGUGAUAUUUGUAACGCCCCGAAUUUUGGUGGUGAUUUUGGCUACGUGAAAGACUUGAUUGAGCAAGAAAGGAGAAAAGAAAACAGAGACAGGGAAAGCCAGAGAGAGACAGGGAAAGCCAGAGAGAAAGGCUUUGUUAGAGACAAAGGUUUUGGCAGCUGGUGUUUGGGUUUUACGCCGCUUGUUUCGUGGAUUUUUGCCAUUUCUUCGGUUGUUCCGGUCCCGUUGGUGCGAGGUGGGAUGGUUGUUCCUGUUCCAUUUCGCCGUUGGGUGCAUGUAAAACAUCGGAAUCCUCAAAAUCUACAUGGAGGGUUUUAUUGUCUUCUACCUAUUCGAGGCCAAAGGGUGAUUGCUGCUGUUGCGAGGUAUCGACAUGGUGGACAGCUGGAGUAUAAAGCUUAUAGUAUGUUUGUGCGCGAAUACAGAGACGUAUUGGGUUUGGGUGAUAAUUUGAUAUGGGCUGUACGUGAUGAUUUAGUCAAAUGGUUGGAUGCUCUCGUGCAUAAUUCAUUCGUACGCUAUAGCACUCCAGAUGUUGACCGAUGCUGGUAUGUUAAGCGUAUCUCACAACUCCUUGUGUUUGCUCCUACCAUGCUGCUACCCCAAGGUUUACAGAGUUCUUUUGAAGGGAUUGGUAGAAGCACUUGGAUUUUGUUAAGACAUGGGUCGAAAGCUUGGCCUAUUCAAGUUGUGGAUGCUGUGAUGCGGAAUGGUUGGCGUGAGUUUCGUACAACCCAUGGCAUCACAUCUAACUAUAAGCUUAUUUUAAUGUGUGAGCGGAAGUGGGUUUUCAAUGCGAUAAUCCUUGAUCAAAAUGAUAUUGAAGUGUCAUAUAACUAGACAAUGUUACUAAAUGAACAUUGGCGUGGAUUCCACUCUAUUCAAGGUAAUCUUAUAACUGCUUGUUCACCGUCAACAAUCCUACGUAAUUUACCGCUCAUAAAGUCUGGAUAUUGCUGCACCCCAGAAGUGAAUUAUCUGCAGGAAUUUCAAACUAGGCUUGAACCUGUGCUUGAAGACCUAAACUUGCAGAGUAUUUCAGUUCGGAUGGGAAAUAGAACUUGGACGAUAUCUAUUGAUAGUGGAUAUCUGAAUGCUGCUAUGUUCAAUCCCUUGUUGAAUGCUUUGCAGCUUCAACUCUAUGAUUAUGUCUUCAUCACUAUGCUGCCAAACCUUGAGGUUAAAGUUGUCGUCCUUGAUGCUGGAAAUGAGAGGGAAAGGAUUUAUGAUUGGCUUUAGCUUCAGGUUAAUCUCUGGUCAUUUUGGUAUAUUAUGAAGACAC